GCUCCUAGGUCUAUUACGACCUUUGUACUAAUUGCACACGGAAGCCCUCGGAAUCCUCAAACACGUACAUACCACAUCGAUUUUUACCCUUCUGAGAUAUCUAGCAGCGAUAACCAAUGUCUUUUCUGGAUGAAAUAAAGGCUGGUAAAAUCCUGAGGAAGGUUCCCGAAUCUGAAAUCAAUGACCGUAGCACUCUGGAUAAGGUUUUGAAACCAAGAGUUUCACCUUCAGCGGCAGAAAUCCCUGGCUCCCAGACGUCUAGUGUAGGCCCCCGUCCCAAUGCCAAAGCGGCAUCCGCCGCCUUAAAUACCAUUUUCGCAGGUGGUUCACCCAAAGGCCGACCCACUGUUGGUCAUGGGACAGGGACAUCUUCCCCAGCGCCACAAGCUUCACCGGUUCCUUCGCAGCCUUCAUCACCUCGAACUGUCGCUCCUCCCUCUGCGAGCAUGACUUCUACAGCUAGCCAAAGACCGCCUCCCCCUCCUCCCCCACCAUCCUCUUUGGCUUCUUCACUGUCGUCUUCGAUUCAACAUUCGUCCUCGUAUCCUCGACCUUCGGGUCCAACGCCCCUGUUACCAAAACCCGCCAUCAACGGUGGUCUCGGGCUUGGGAGGGUACCCACCACGUGUGCUGUAGUAGCGAAUAACCAGUCUCGAACCUCUGAUGCGGAUUCCAUUUCUGGGAUGCUCUCCUGCAACUCGUCGUAUUCAACGACACCUAGAGUGUCAAGUGGUGCAUUUUCGCCACCACCACCGCCACCACCACCAGCCCGCAGGAAGAGCUCAGUAUCAAAUCGCUCACAGCGUACUGGUUUAGCCACAAAUGCUCGAGGAGUUCUAGUAGAACGCUCAAUAAACGCCAAACCUAAGGUGAUUCAUGUCAAUUCACAGGAUCCUCGGUCGUCUCCAGUGCCUGGACCCUCUCCCGCAUCUCGAUUCCCGCCACCUUCAGCUGUCACUUCGUUGCACAGGGACGGCCGUGUUCAUCCACCACCACCUCCUCCCCCGGUCCCUCCUUCCACUUCGACUCUUAGCACAGGGGUCGCAACUCUAUCGGCAGAAUUCGAGCGACGUUUCCGAUUUCCAGACGAAAGUCAAUUCCCACCACCUCCAGAACCUUAUAGAGGUCCACGCACUUAUCGGGCAGGGCAUACAGGUUCUCGCUGAUUCGCUCGACCAUGCUAACUUUACUUUUCGAGGACCUUCCUACAUCUUUUGCCUCGCAAACGCCAAGCGCUCAUUUUGUGAUACGCCUACCGCGUUUGGACGCCCAACUUUAUUUUGUCAACCGUUGCGUUGUCCCUCCUUUUCCUAGAUUGCACCAGUGCAGUAUUCAUUUCUUCGCUCCUUUCCGGCGGGCUCACAUUUGUGUACUUUUCCUUGUUUCCUCUUUUUCAAUUCCGCUCGACUUUACUCUGUUACUUGGUUAAAUAUGUGCCUUGGCUGCGCCAACAUACGACAGUGGUCUUGUAAGCUUUUUUUAUCUUGACCUUAAACUUUCACAAGGACAUACCUAAUGGAAAAAGUACAUCAUUUUUAUACAGAUACACUUGGUCAUGAACCAGUCUAAUAAAGGAUCCGUUUUUCUUACCCAAAGACAGCUUAUCUGCGGUUCUGCUUGCUCGAUGCUUGAGUUUGAUAUGCUUAACAAUUUUUUCGUAUUCAAUAUACCUACAGAGAACGCC